UGCGCUCUAAUUUGACCAACAACAUCUGGGGCACACGCGCAUGCGACACAGGUACCCUUUUUUUUCUUUAGUGAUUCCUGUUUGUUGCAACAGUCCAAAAAUUAUUUUCCCCAAAAUAUCACACGUAGACAGUAAUACACUCGACGCUUACAAAUGCUGAACUGAUAGAGAGAGCGCGGAGGACAACGCAGGUACGAAGAAGGCGCUCUCUUCGGCUAGAGAGCAAUGAGAUAUAGCCUACGCUUCAGACUACCCUCCCUGUACGUGCCGUUGAAUCAGAGUAAACUAGACUUGGAGAACAGAAACUGUUUCCGAUGGAUGCGAUGGAAAAACAGGAGUCGGGACAUACUGCUGUCCCGUCAGUCGAGAACGAAGCAGAGAGCACGCGAGAGGAGCGGUCCGGUGCACUCGACCAACAUGACCUGGACACGUGCCCCGUUUGUCAUCUAAGCUUCCACAGCAAGGAGCCCAAACUUCUGCCCUGCCUGCACACUUUCUGCGGGAGGUGCUUGCCUUUACCGUCGAGGAAUCUGGACGUGACGGAACCGUCCGUCUCCCAGAGCGACAACGGCGCGACCAAACCACUAAACGUGAUCCGCUGUCCGGUGUGCAGGCAGGAAUGUAUGGCGGCAGAUGUGGUGGAUAAUAUGUUCGUGAAGGAGUCAUUCGAGGCGCCCAGCAGCACAGUGGAAAGAGCAGUCCAGCUCUGUAUGACCUGCGAUGACAACACAGAAGCUGCUGGGUUUUGUGUUGAGUGUGUGGAGUACUUGUGUACCACCUGUGUGGAGGCCCACCAAAGAGUCAAAUUCACCAAAGACCAUAUGAUCAGACAGAAGUCGGAAGUAUCACAAGACGUUUGUGUUGUGUCGAGUCAGAGGCCGAUGUUCUGUCAUAUCCACAAACAAGAGCCACUGAAACUCUUUUGUGAGACAUGUGACCUGCUUACCUGUCGGGACUGCCAACUCACCAAGCAUAAAGACCACAGUUAUCAGUUCCUUGAAGAUGCUUAUAAAAACCACAAAGAGCACAUGGAGCAUAUGACUCAUCAGUUACAGGAGAAAAAGAAACUGAUAAAAGAGGUAUCAGACUCCAUAAAUAGUGGACUUCUUCUGGUGGAACAGAACCGUACUUCUGUUCGUGAUGAAAUAAAGAAAUCUGUCAGCAGUUUAAUCCUCGCGAUAAACAAAAAGGGCAAAAUUGUACUUGAUCAACUUGAGGCUGUUACAAAAGAUCAUGAGAGUCUCUUGCGUAAACAACAGGAAGACAUUGGCUAUCUCUCCCAACACCUGGAUCAUGUCAUCGACUUCAUCAAAUGGGCCACAGCCAAGAAUGGGGGCACGGCCCUCUUGUACUGUAAACGUUUGAUUCUGUUUCAGAUUGAAAACCUCCUUCAGGCAAAAUGCAGUGCUUCAUUCGUACCGCAGAGCACCAUACGCUUCCAGUGCCGAGCCUCUUACUGGGCCUCAAAUGUCGAUUUGGGCACUUUAAUGGUGGAGAGUGUACCAGGCCACCAGCUGGAUGGUUUUCAUCAUGAGCACAUCCACAGUGGGCAGAGUUCCUCAGGCUCACCCCACAGCUUUGCCCCGGGAGCUCCCCAUAGCACUCUGGCUCAGCUCCAGAUGCAGGUGGACAAGCUAAACCCCCAAGCUCACUGGCAGCCCCAACCACCUCCUCCACCCUGCACAUGGCACCAAAGCAUCCAACUACAGCAAACAGUCCCAGGGCCCCUACAGAGAGUCUCUCCCUCCCACAGUUUGCCUCCCCAACCAGACCACAGGUUUACGAGGCCUCUGCCCAACCAUGUUAGCUCAACUAGGAGCAUACUGAGCCCUGGAUUUUCUCCCCAGUAUCAGCAGAGAAGUACAGGAAGUGGCUCCACCUACCAAACCAAGCCCAUGGAUGGAUUUUUCUCUACACCUCUCUAUGCACAAAUAACUCCGCCACCCCUCAGUGGUAGUGUCAGUUUACCUCAUUCACAACAGAAGUCUGAGCCCACAUAUAUGACCAGGAGAAAUAAUUCAAAUGGUCCAAUGUAUACAGUGAAACCAAACUAUCCUCAGGGAGCAGAAGCUUCCUUGUCAAGCAGAAAUGCACCAGGACAUCAAAGUUCAGUGGUGUACACUCCAGUAUCCCAGAAAAAAACAAGCAGCAUUUUUUGGAAAGCCCCAGAAAUACACCAGGCUAGUGGAGCAGUGGGAUCGGCUGCAAAGAAAAGACAACGAUCAUCUCCAAGGCCUAUAAUUGUCAUCAAAGAUGAGCUAGAUGAUGAUAGUAGUUAUGUACAUCCCAAACAAAGAGCCAGCCUCCCCGACAGCACAGAUGACCAACCCCCAAAAAAUUCCCAAGGUGAAGAUGUCCAGACUUGUAUACAUAGCACAGACAACAAACCCUGUUGCCCUUCACACACUCAAAGUGAGCCACUGGGCCAGAGUAAGACUGGACCUCCAACUCAUAUCAGUUCAGUGGGGGAACAGCAGCAGGUAGAGCAAAAUAAAACCCAACUGGAAGACUCUAAUGAGGCCUCGUGUGCUGUGUGUCAGACUACAGGACAGCUGUUGUGCUGCCAAAAAUGUCAUAAAGCUUUUCAUCUGACGUGCCACGUUCCAGCUCUCCUCAAAUCUCCAAGCAGGGAAUGGUUUUGCACUUUCUGUUGUGACCUGUUAAUGCCUGAGAUGGAGUAUGUCUGCAAACCUGAAGCCAAAACGAUAAAGAAGGAGACGGAUUUUGAAGGAGCAUUUUCCCCUGUGGACAAACGAAAGUGUGAGAGGCUGUUGCUGUACUUGUUUUGCAAUGAGCUCAACUCAGUCUUUCAAAAGUCUGCAUCUCUCUUGGUACAUGCUGAUGGCAGUCUGACUAUAAAGGGACCAGUGAGUUUUUCCACAGUGAAAAACCGUCUAGAGGCUGAGCAGAGUAUGUGCUAUCAAAACCCCGCAGAGUUUGUAUUAGACAUCAGGCUCAUCUUUGGAAACUGUGUGGCCUGCAGUGAGUGCCAGAGUAACACUGAACUUGCCGUGACAUGUAUGAGAUUUAAAGAACUCUUUGAAGAUUAUCUGAAGCUCAUCUACCCUGAUCAGACCUUCCCAGAAAUCAAACCAGAGAUGAUUCAGACUGCUUCACCCGAUUGUCAAGAUUCUCAACUCCAAUCUCUUGACAAUAUAUUCCCACUUGCAAAACGCCAACGCACAUAUUCAGAUUCCCAGGAUGCACCAAGCUGUCACAGUGGAGAAGAGGGUAUUGGAUUAAAGCUCCAAUUUUCCUAAACAAUUGGAUAUGUACCAGAUGGCACAAAGAAUGUGUGGUGUGUACUGUUUUAUUAAAAAAUAUUGCCUUCAAGUUACCAAAUACAUUUUAGUUUUAAUGAUUAAAUGGUAUUGCAUGACAAGAAUUAUCAA